AUGCAAUUCGGUUUGUCUCAAGAUCUUCCUGGUUUGGUUACUCAUCUUAGCAACUUCACAGAAAAGGGAGCUUGGGAUGAUUACAACAAGUCUCUUGAUGGUUUAAAGCUAUACAUACCUUCUCGUCUCGCUACAACUUCGGUUACUGCAAGAUAUCAAGACUGGUGGUUGAAGUCAGUUUCAGAGUUUGGUCAAGUGGUUCAGAAGCUGGGAGCAGGGUUUCGUGCAAAACUCAAAAGAUGCAGGAAGCGUAGAAAAGCGAAAAACGUGAGAUUUGAGAUAAAGAAAGGCAAGAUAGGUGAUUGUGGUGGAUCAACUUCAAGAGAAGUGACACUUAGUGAGUUGUUUCAGAAGGAGCUAAUGAAGAGGAAAAACUGUAGUACCGCAAGAAAUAGAGCCAAGGUUGAAGUGACUGAUGAAGAAGACGAAACAAGAAGCGAAGCAGAGAAGAUUGCGAUCGUGAUCCCGCCUGAUGAAAACAACUCUUCAGAGCCUCCUAUUGGUUCUAUUGAAAAAAAUGGAGAAAAGCAGAGAGAUGAUUCAGGUCUUUGUGACAAGUUUGCUUCUGAAGAUGAAACUGUAGCAAAUCAAGAAAUAGAGCAAAGAAGUGAAGAGAAGGAAGAAGAAACUGCAAGCAAAGUAGAGAACACUAUGGUUUUGGUUCUAUCUAAUGAAAUCAACUCUUCAGAUCCGCCUCUUGUUGCUUGCACCAAUGAAAGGAUCCCUGAAAUUGUUGUGUCACCACCAGAGACAAGGCAAAACUGUGAUGGUGAGGCUGAUGUAAAUGGAAGUAAUGCAGAGACGAAGACUAUGAUCGAUGAUGGCACCAAAGAAGAAGUGUGUCUGCUUUGUGGAAAUAGAGAAAAGCAGAGAGAUGAUUCAAGCCGUUGUCAAAAGAUUGCUUCUGAAGAUGAGACUGUAGAACUACACAACAUAGAGCAAAGGAAUGAAGAGAAUGAUGAUGAGACUGUUCUAUUCCCAUCUGAUGAAAACAACUCUUCAGAUCUUUCUCUUGUUGCUUCCCAUGGAGAAAUAGUUGAAACUGCUGUGUCUCCACAAGAGACAAGACAAAACUGUGAUGUUAAUGGAAGUUACACAGAGGAGAAGACUAUGAUCGAUGACAGAACCAAAGAAGAAGAAUGCUUGAUCCAUGAAAAUGGAGAAAAUCAGGAAGAGAAGUUGUGUAGUGAAGUUAAGAAGGAAGAAGAAGAGACUGAUGAAAGAUUGAAACAGAGAAAGAUUGCAAUAGAGAAGAUAGCACUGAAGCUAGAGGCACGUAUGGCGAAAGUGGAGAAGAGUUUGGUAACGAUUAGAGAUUGGAAAACCAGAGGAUAG